CUCUGUUGUCUGGUUUAUAAGACGCAUAUACAUAAGCCGUGCGGUUGUUCAGUUGAAGUCAGAGAUAAUUUCCUCAUCUUAAGUGAAAGAGUUGGGGUGAAUACGGCACUAUGGCUGAGAUAGCGAUUGAAAGAAUAGAGGAUCAAAAUCCUGGAGCUGCUCAUGAAGAGGACCACUCUACAAAGACAAACCAUCCAUCACAACUAACAGAGCCGGUUCAACCAUCAACCUUCCAUCCACCACCACCAUCUUACCAACCUCCACUGUCAACGCAGAUGCUGUCGGAAGCGGGUCACGAAAAUGUGACUAGUUUUGUUCUCGAGGCGGAAACAAAUAACUGCGGGAAUUCAGAGUUUCAGCGGGAACGUUGGACAUCCAAUGUAGAGUUUAUUGCGUCAGUGCUAGCAUUGAGCAUUGACUAUGGGACAUUUACUGUACUUCCCUAUUAUAGCAGGAGAUAUUCAGUUGCCUUCAUGGCAGUCUACGCUGCCUUCUAUUUCAUCCUCGGAGUGCCCAUCCUGUACAUGGAUCUGAGCCUUGGACAAUUCAGUAGCAGAGGACCAGCCCACAUCUGGAAUUUGUGUCCACUGUUCAGAGGAAUAGGCGUUGGGAUGAUGGUUUACUCCGCCAUAUUACUUCCCGUAAUCACUUUGUUUUCAUCGUGGUCUCUGUACUACGUGGUUCAGUCGUUCUCCCCCAUGCUGCCCUGGUCGAACUGCAACAACGCAUGGAACACGCCAACAUGUUUCAAUAGUACCAGAGCUGGCCCGGGUGUACAAUACUUGAACAAAAGAGUUCUGCAGGUGUCUGAAUCCUCCGGACUAGACGACAUGGGAGGUCUCCAGUGGGAGCUAGUUGGCUGUUGUGCUGGCUUGUCAGUUGUAGUCUUCUUUGCUUUGUUUUGGGGAGUAAAGGUUCUUGGGAAGGUUUUCUGCAUCACCAUGUCACUGAUGUUUGUAUUGGCACUGGUUCUGUUCAUCAAAGCAAUGACGCUUCCUGGAUCCUCAGAUGGAUUAGCAUAUCUUUUUACACUGAACUUUGGAGCAGAUCUUACAAGGAAACAUGUGUGGCUCUAUGCCUUCUUACGGGCCAUGUUCCACUUUGGGAUGACAUCGGGUCUCGUUAACAAUCUUGCAAGCUACAGACACUUCAAAUCCUCUGCGUUAAGGGACUCCGUGAUAAUAUGCAGUGUCGGUGCUGUUGGUCGUUUGCUCGCAGCCUUGAUGAUGAUGAGCCUCACCGGGGCUCUGGACAACACAAAACAAUCGUCGAUAUACGAUGUCUCAAUUACAGGUAUAUUUCGUACAAAUAUUUAGAGUGUCUUUCCCUUUACUUACUUUUUCAUUUUAAUCAAGAAAUAUAUACUAACGGAGAAUAUUCACUGACAAGCCUCACACUCACACACAGGACAGAGAGUGACACGUUCUAAAUGAGAUGUAGUCGAACCACUAAAACCCAACAUUCAACCAUUCAAUCUACAUUUGUCGCCUCUUACAAAAAUUCACCUGGGCAAAUCGGGGUCAGAAUUAAUCUCCAGCAACCCAUGCUUGUCAUAAGAGACGACUAACGGGAUCGGUGAUAAGGGUUCACUGACACAUGUCAUGGUAUCCCACGAGUGUGAAGAUCGAUACUCAUAAUAUUAACAAAUGGCUUGUCUGGUCCAUAUAGCUGGAAUAUUGCUCACUGCCACGUUAAACAACUUGCGAACUAACAAACAAAAUGUAUCACGUUCACUUUUGUAUAAAAGUAAUCAAUUCAUGUUAGCAGAGAUUAAAGUUCUCAAGAUUAAGAAAGUUUUCUGUUCACAUGCAAGGAUAAACAUUUUUACUGACAGUAAGAAAUGGAGAGCUGAUCAUAAACAUGUUCUAUUCUGUCUUUCGGAGGCUAAUCAUAUGACUCCUUCCACAGUCCUGAUCACAGAUUCAUGAAUAAUAUUUUCCUACGCCACCUUAGGACAGUUUUGACAACAUUAUCGAGAAUGAUGACAAUCUGAUCUUAGAAAACUUGCAGCUAUUCCUCAUGUUAACAGGCAUAGUAAGAGCACAUGAGUAUAUCCCGGAGCUGUUUCCUCAUCUCCCUGCGUCCCAGUUCUGGAGUUUUGCUUACUUCUGCAUUCUUCUUCUUGUCGGGUUGAAUUCUCAGUUUGUAUAUGCAGACAUGAUCAUCACAGCUGUAGUUGACAGCCUGCCACGCCGAUCUCGCAAGAUAAGAAUCAUGGUUACUGUGGUUACC